CACAUCAUUAGAGAUCCUGAGGAGCUCAGAAAAGAACUUGAAAGGCAACUGGAAGCUUGGCACACACAGCAGUCUGGAACUCUAGAUGAGGAGAAAGAAGCAGCGCAGUUGUGGCAGAGGUACUUAGUAUUGACAGCUCCUCUAUCACAGCAGCUUUGUGAACAGCUACGGCUCAUACUGGAACCCACCCAGGCAGCCAAACUGAAAGGAGACUUCAGAACAGGGAAGAGACUGAACAUGCGCAAAGUGAUCCCAUACAUUGCCAGUCAGUUCCGAAAGGACAAGAUCUGGUUGCGGAGGACCAAGCCCAGCAAACGACAGUACCAGAUUUGCUUGGCUAUUGAUGAUUCCUCCAGUAUGAUAGACAAUCACUCUAAACAGCUUGCAUAUGAAUCACUGGCUGUUAUUGGAAAUGCACUGACUCUUCUAGAAGUGGGACAGAUUGCUGUGUGUAGCUUUGGGGAGACUGUUCAGCUGCUGCACCCAUUCCACGAACAGUUCAGUGACCAGUCAGGGACACGGAUAUUGCGUCUUUGCAAAUUUCAGCAGAAGAAAACAAAAAUAGCCCAG